UAAACUGAAUAAUAAAUAAUAAUAAUAAAAAAACGUACAUUAACGAUUACAACAAUUAAAAUUGUGCUGUUAAACAAGCGAGGGUAAUUAAAUUAAAGGAAAAGAAAAACAGAUUACAACAACAACACACUACAGUUGAAAAAAAAGACAACAACAGAAAAAUAAUAGCAAACAAAGCAGAAUACAAAAAAUUAAGGGCAAAAACAGUUUGAAAAAUUCACUUCACAAACAGUACAUGAUCGAAUAAGCAGCAAUUGCAAUCACAUUACGGUAAAUAAUAAAAAAUAUAUAAAGAAAUCAGUGGAAAAUAAAGUGAUAGUAAUACAAAAAAAAUAUACAUACAUAUAUAUUAAAACAAGUGGUAUUUAAACAAAAGUGAUUUGCAAAGACACUAAAAGGUCGCAUAGGUUAAUAGAGAAAAAAAGGAACAAGAAAAACGUAACAAGUUUUAAAGAAAUUUCUCAACAACUCGUAUACUUAAACCUCAAACGCGUAACAUUUAAUAUGAAGUCCGCACUUUUAAUAGGAACUGUAUUAAGUUUCCUGUUUGUGUUGCAAGCUGCUGACCUCGACCUUAGUAACAUUGAUGUCAAUGACUUGAAAAAUCAACUGCCCGAUGAAUUUCCCAAGACCAAUCUUACGCUGGAUGAUGCCAAAACUUUGGUUAAGGAUAAAUGUCUGAAAGUGGCCGGCGAAGAAGAGGGCCAGAAAGCCUUUACAGAAAUAGAAAGCUCCACCUUGACGUUGGCGGAAUGUGUUAAUAAUAUUGUCAACUUUACGGCCAUACAAGAAGAAAUAAAUCUAGCUUCGCCAACGGGUGAAUUGGAUGUGGUGUUUAACAAGUACUGUUUAAAACGGCCAGAGGCCCUAAAAUGUAUCGAGACUUUCAACUCCAAACUCACACCCUGUCUCGAUGAGGAAGAACGUGAAAAUCAAGAUGUUUUCAUGCGCAUCAUACGCAGUCUUUUGAAUUUUGUUUGCCACAAGGGCGGUGACCAGAUUGCCCUAUUCAUUGCCGAAAAAGGACCCGAAUGCUUGGAAGCCCACAAGGAAGAUAUACAAAACUGCAUUAACAGCACCUUCUCCGGCUAUCUACCCGAAGAGGGCAUUGAAAAUGUUAAAACCCUGCCAAAAUUCGUUAUGGGUCCCAAGCAAUGUAACGAUAUGGAACGUUUGGAAUCCUGUAUUGUUAAAAAAUUGGAGACAUGUGAGGAAAUUACCCCUGCCAAUAUUGUAGAGUCCAUGUUCCGUUUCAUUAAAAACGAAACCAUUUGCCGUUCGGUGGGAAAUACCGAUAAACAUGUAGCUGGCAGUGCCGGCAAUUCUUUAAUGAUGAGUCUUAACUCUCUGUUGUUGGUGUUGUUUGUCACAGCGUUAACAUAUUUCAAUCGCAAGACAAUAGUUUAAAUUAUAAAAUAACAACAACAACACACAAAGUUCCAUACUCAUGUGUAUAGUAAGAACAACAACAACUACUACUACUACAGCAAAUUUGGUACUAUCUACAAUAACAACAACAACAGCAUCUACUAUAUUGAAUUUCAACAACAGGAAUAGGAACAGCUAUUGGCUUUGUUUACAACACGAUACUUCUUUUUUUUUUUUUUUUUGAAAAUUUCAACAUUUUUAUUUUAUCUAAAACAAAAAAAAUAUUUAAAAUGUUUACUCAUGGAUUUUUUUUUACAACAACAUUUAUUUAAUUACUCUAUAUAAAUAAAUGCAAACAUUAACUAAAAACGAUUAAAGUCGAAAUGUUAAUUACGAAAAAAUUGUUUAUAGUUAUAACGAACAAACAAAAAUAAAACUAUUUUAACCUUUAACUCCCUAUUGUCGUAUAUAAAUAUAUAGAGAAAAGAAAAUAAUUAAAUAAACUACGUAUAAAUAUACACAAUUAAAUAUAAAAAAGUAGUAACUAAGUAUCAAAGUUUACUUAAUUUAGUAAGAAAAUCAUUUAAACAUUUGGUUUAAAAAUGAAAACUUACAAAAAUAGAAACGAUCAAUCAAAAUAACUAAAUGAUUAUUUGCUAAUUUUUUUUUUUAUUAAUAUUAUUAUUUUUACUUGGUUUUUUGUUAGAAAUUUUCUAACUUUAGAGAAAAAGUUCCGUAGAAAAACAAAAGUAGUAAGUAAGCGUAGAAAUGAAGAAAAACUAAACUUUAUACAUUGUCAUAUACAUACAUACAAACGUGUUUAACAAUUAAGAUGUGAAAUGAAAAUGAAUUUCCAAACUCAAAUAUUUUUGCAAAAUAAAAAAAAACAAAAAAAAUCUAUUAAAUUCUUAAGUAUUUUUUAUAUACCACAAAUUAAGGCCAAAUUUAUAAUCUCCAGAGAAUUCGAAUCUUAUUUUUCUUAUACAUUUGUAUUCAAAUUAAAAUUAUUGUAUUUUUUGAUAUUAAAAAAACCACAUAAACAUUUUUGUUUAUUUUUAUUUUUAUAUAUUUCUCUUAAUUUUAAUGUAAUUGUAUAAAAAUGUAGCCAUGAACUAGAAAUUCAGAAUUAUUAAACAAACUAAGUACUAUUUGACAUUUUUUUAUAGUUUAUUUUUUGUGUAAAUUUAAAUGACUAAUUUUUUUUAGUUUUUCCUUCCCUAUUGAUAACUCAACUCAGCAAAAGGCAUACUUAUGAUUAGUUUAUAUUUUUUAUAAUUGCUGUCUAAAGUCUAGCUUAUAUACUACAUACAUACAUUUAAUUUCACUUUGUUUUAUUUGAUUUUUAAUUAUUUUGAAAUGUUUACUCUUUUGUACUCUUUUUCUAUUAUAUUCUUAUGUGUGCUAGAACUAACUACAUGAUUUGUGUGCCGCUACCUAUAUAAACAUUUAUAUUUUUAAAUAAGCAAAGAAAUUGUUUAUCUAUUAAAUUGAAUUUGUAUCCAAUAAAUCUCCAACAAAAAAAAUUGUUUAAUAAAAUUAGUAAUAAAAAAAGCUGUGUGUAUAUGAAAUUUAAA